GAGCCCAAAUCCGACCCGCCCCCCUUGCCCCAACACACACACAAAAACACACAGCUGAGUCCAUUGAAGAGAUUUGGAAGGGAAGCGUUAACUUAAUCGGCACAGUAAUGGGAUACGUAGAAGAAGCUAGAGAAAAUCUCGUCAAGAAGAAAGUUGAGGAAGCUUUGCGCAGUAAAAUGAAGCAGAAGGCACUAAAGGAAUGUGAACAUUACACGGCAAAAUAUGCUGAAUGCGCAGCCGGAAGGACAUUAUCCAUUGUUUGGAAAUGUCGUGAACAAGCUAAUCAAUUAAAUCAAUGCCUUCAUCAGUACACGAACGACUCUGUCUUGGAAAAAAUGAAGAAAGAAUACAUGCUUCAGCAGGAUGGGAAGGGAUCUCUAAGAAUUUGAUUUGAGAUCUUAAUUAUCGUCAAUUACAUCCGUUGGAAAAAUGUGUAGAAAGUUGGGGGCAGAAUUUGCAGAUGAAUAUGAUUUCUUUUUUGGCUUAAUGUUCUAGUCAGUGAAUCUGAUUUGUUCUUGUAUAUGCAUCAUCUUGAGACGGGAUGAUUGGCAUAUCAUCCUUUGUGGUCUAGACAUGACUUCUCCUUUAUUUUUUCAGUGUUGCUCCACUUUGAAGGAAUCUUCCUGUUACAGAUUAAA